UUCAUCUUCAGUCGUCGUCUGGCUAGCUGGCUCUUGGUUCUUGGUAGGAGGUGUGUGUCCAGGCCCAGUUCCAGUCCCUAUUUAAUUUCAAGGAUAUAUUGUCAAGGCGAGGAUUGGUCAACCGACGCAUCGACAGGAAUUUAGCAAGAAAAAAUAAGAAACUAUUCACCAGAAUUCGGCAUUAAAAUGCGCUUAAUUAUUCUAUCGACACUGCUUCUGGCCUCAUUGGCUGUGAGCCAGGCCCAAAGUCACGGUGGACUGGCCGUCGAAAUUCAGAAGCAGCGGCUGGUCAAAUUUCCCGAGGAGUUUGAGCCUAAUGCGGCGCCUCCGUCCUCGGAAAAGGCGGACGAGGCCAAGCGCAUCCUCGAGCAGAUAGCCAAGGUCAACGAGGCCUUUGGCUACGUGAAGAAGCAGCCGGAGCAGCCCAAGCUGCCGCCGAUCCUCGACUCCAGUCAGUAUCUGUUCCCAAAGCCCGCCCAUCAGCCCUUCCAUGCCCAUCAGCACCACUUUUCGGGGAGUAAUGGUCAGACCCUACUAGAACCCUCGAUUCGGGCGGUGAAACUCACCAGGAAUGUGGCGGCAGGGAGCUACAAUCUGCCCCCCAGAUUGCGCCAGGCAGUUGGUGGCCCUUCCCAGGAGGAGAAGAAAACCCAGCUGUACUUCCGACCCAACCAGGUGGAGGUGCCCAAGCCCAGUUCCGAGCAAGAAGCUCAACAACUGCCCGCUCACUUCGUGAUACCCGUGCACCUGUACAAACUCAACAAGGAGGAGUAUCUCAAGGAACACGCCUCGCAGGAGUAUAAGGUCAAGGGAUACAAGAUCAUUGGCGAUGUGGACAGCUUUUAUGGCAAGGCGAAGGCCGGAAGAAAACAGGGCAAGACGACGCCCAAGUAUCAUCUGUUCUUCCUGCCCCGAGAACUGGCCCUCAACGAAGAUGGCACUCCCAAGAGGGGAAAUGGCACCACCAUUGGCAGCACCACCACCACCACCAAGUCACCUGCUCCUGUGAACUUCAAGGAAUACCGCUUGGACUCCCGCGAGAAGCCUGUACAUAAGCCACAAAAGAUGCAGCCCAGUUUGGCACCAGAAUUGAUCAACCUGAAUACUGUGAACAGGAAAAGGGUUAGCUCUACGGCGAAACCUGUGCGUUUGAGUGGAAAGGAAGCUGAACAGACUUCCCCCUCCUUAAACAUCAAGGCUACAUCUGCUCCAGUGUCCAUAAGCUCCACUUUGCCACCUUCUGGUGGCUUGAUGCCCAAUCGGAAUCGCUUGAAUCCUUUCCGCAUGCCCGGAAUGAAUAUCGCUGAGAUGCAGAACCAAACCUCGACGGCCAUCAAGAAUGCCUUCCAGAACAUAUUCAAGCUGCCCUUCCGACCUCCCAUGGCAGCUUCAACUGGAGAAGGUCCCGUAAUCCUGGGCAAUGUUCCCGUGAAGAACCAAGCCUUGGAUUCUGCGGACUACAAGUGGGAUGAUGAGAGCGAGGGCGCCGGCGAUGGGAUGUCAGAUGAUGUGGAUACCGUAGAGAACACGGCUGCCGAGCUGGACAACAGUGCGUCCUCGGAGAAGCACCUGUUCGCCCAUAAGACCCACCACCUGAUGCACACCCUGGGCCAGGUGGCCACCGCCCAGCAGAGCACCCAGAAGCAGGCGUUGCGCGAAGGCGGGAUCAUCAUUCAGCGGUUGAAGGUGCGCAGGGGCGGCAUCGCGAUCGCAGGGCCCGGGGGCGUGGCCACGGCUGGCAGUGGUGGCACUGCAAUUGUGGGUCCCGGGGGCUAUGCCCUCACCCAUCCACGCAGUCUCACCAUUGCCGGUCCGGGGGCCAAGGUCAUAUCCAUCCCAGCGAAUGUGGACCUGAAGGACGCACUGGCACGCACCGAUCUGCAGACGAGGAGUUUUCCGCGCGAGGGGAAGAUUGUGGCCACGGGACCCACGGUCUACUAUGCCCCGCCCACGGGCACAACGACACUGGAGGAGCAGGAGGAAGGGGAUCAGGGGGCGGGACUGGAGGCGGGCCAGUUCGAGUCUGAGUCUGAGGCUUAACCCUAAUAGCUAUUAAUUAGCACUUUUAGUUAGGUUCCAUAGUUGGUAUUGUCUAGUGUUCUAAUAAAUGUUUGUAUUUCGUAAA